AUGUCGGUGAUUCGCCACUUGAUGAACCAGGAGAAGGAGGACGCUGAAGUUCGCUCCGAGUGCUCCUCCGUCACGUCGUCUGUGCGUCUCACGGACGACGAUGCAAAGAAGUAUACUGACGCGCUGGACAAAGGAAUGCUGCGCGUCGAGACACUUCCAGUGGAGGACUGUGUGCUUGCGAACUCCAAGGGCCGUAACUAUCCGCUCAACACGGCGCCGGACUUGGAAACUAUGAGCAAGCCCCCGAUGCCGAAGGACGAGCAGGAACGUAUCACCGCGAUCGAGAAGGGUGGCUUCUCGAAGAUUACGGAUACCGACGAGCUCGACUUAAUCUGCGAGCUGGUGGCGCGCGAAAUGAAGUGCUCCACCGGGCUCGUGACGCUUAUCAACGAAGACGAGCAACACGUGCUGGCAUCCAACGUGCCUCCAUUCCGGCAACUGCACAUGCCGCGCGAUCAGUCCUUCUGCCAGCACACGAUCAUGAAUGACGAGCCACUGCUGGUGCCGAACCCGGAGUCCGACAUUCGGUUCCAGAACCUGCCGGCGCUCCAUGCUCACGACCUGCGGUUCUACCUAGGUUUCCCACUGAAAGACGAGAAUGACCAAGUGGUGGGCUCGGUCUGCUGCAUUGACAACACGUCCCGCGAGGUGACUGCGUCGCAGUACUCGGCCAUGAAGAAGCUCGCUGAGACGGCCUCCAAGGUGGUGCAAAUCAAGGGAAAGCAGGCCACCCACAUGUCGGACCCCACGACCAAGGAUAGUUAG